UGCGCCGUCCUCACUGGCUCACUCCACACUCCCACUCCUGCCUCUUCCAGUGGAGGGAAAAGGCACCGAAAGGCGCGGCGUCUUCGCUUUUUUUCUUUUUCACCACGCCCUUCCCUCCCUUUCUUGCUUGCUUCCUUCCCCAUGGCCUCCUCCGCGCCGCCGGCCCCGGCCGUCCUCGCCGUCGCGCUCACGGUUGCCCUCCUGGCCUCGUCGGCGUGGGCGGCCGUCACCUACGACCGCAAGGCAGUCGUGGUGAACGGGCAGCGCCGCAUCCUGCUCUCCGGCUCCAUCCACUACCCGCGGAGCGUCCCCGAGAUGUGGCCGGAUCUGAUACAGAAGGCCAAGGACGGCGGCCUCGACGUGGUGCAGACGUACGUGUUCUGGAACGGCCACGAGCCUUCCCCUGGCCAGUACCACUUCGAGGGAAGGUAUGAUCUGGUGCACUUCAUAAAGCUUGUGAAGCAGGCCGGCCUCUACGUGCACCUCCGCAUUGGCCCCUACGUCUGCGCCGAGUGGAACUUUGGUGGUUUCCCCAUUUGGCUGAAGUAUGUCCCAGGUAUCAGUUUUAGAACUGACAAUGAGCCAUUCAAGGCUGAGAUGCAGAAGUUCACCACGAAGAUCGUUCAAAUGAUGAAGUCAGAAAGGCUCUUUGAGUGGCAGGGAGGGCCGAUAAUCCUCUCCCAGAUUGAGAAUGAGUUUGGGCCCUUGGAGUGGGAUCAGGGCGAGCCUGCCAAGGACUACGCGUCGUGGGCAGCUAACAUGGCAAUGGCGCUUAACACGGGUGUUCCGUGGAUCAUGUGCAAAGAGGAUGAUGCCCCAGAUCCAAUUAUAAAUACUUGCAAUGGAUUUUACUGUGACUGGUUCUCUCCAAAUAAACCCCACAAGCCUACCAUGUGGACUGAAGCUUGGACAGCCUGGUAUACGGGUUUUGGUAUUCCUGUUCCACAUAGACCAGUAGAGGAUCUAGCAUAUGGUGUUGCCAAGUUUAUCCAGAAGGGUGGUUCUUUUGUUAAUUAUUACAUGUAUCAUGGAGGAACAAACUUUGAGCGCACGGCUGGUGGUCCAUUCAUUGCAACUAGCUAUGACUAUGAUGCUCCUCUUGAUGAAUAUGGCUUGUUGAGAGAACCAAAAUGGGGUCACUUGAAGGAGUUGCAUAGAGCCAUCAAGCUUUGUGAACCAGCCUUGGUUGCAGCAGAUCCUAUUUUAUCUUCACUCGGGAAUGCUCAGAAGGCAUCUGUUUUUAGAUCAAGCACAGGAGCUUGUGCAGCUUUUCUUGAGAACAAGCAUAAACUAUCCUAUGCGAGGGUAUCAUUCAACGGAAUGCACUAUGAUUUGCCCCCAUGGUCCAUAAGUAUUCUCCCGGAUUGCAAGACAACAGUCUUCAACACUGCUAGGGUUGGCAGUCAGAUUUCACAAAUGAAAAUGGAAUGGGCAGGAGGACUCACAUGGCAGUCAUACAAUGAGGAGAUAAAUUCCUUUAGUGAGUUGGAAUCAUUCACAACAGUAGGAUUACUGGAACAAAUAAAUAUGACGAGGGAUAACACAGACUAUUUGUGGUAUACAACAUAUGUUGAUGUUGCCAAGGAUGAGCAGUUCCUCACCAGUGGGAAGAACCCCAAACUCACCGUGAUGUCGGCUGGUCAUGCUUUGCAUGUUUUCAUUAAUGGACAAUUAUCAGGAACUGUGUAUGGCAGUGUAGAAAAUCCAAAACUUACAUAUACUGGGAAGGUGAAACUUUGGUCAGGGAGCAACACUAUUUCCUGCUUAAGUAUAGCAGUUGGUCUUCCAAAUGUCGGAGAACAUUUCGAGACUUGGAAUGCUGGAAUUCUUGGUCCGGUGACACUUGAUGGCCUGAAUGAGGGAAAAAGAGAUCUCACAUGGCAGAAAUGGACUUAUCAGGUUGGUUUGAAAGGCGAGGCUAUGAGUCUUCAUUCACUUAGUGGAAGCUCAUCGGUAGAGUGGGGAGAACCUGUGCAGAAGCAGCCUCUAACAUGGUACAAGGCUUUUUUCAACGCACCAGAUGGCGAUGAGCCAUUAGCUUUGGACAUGAAUAGCAUGGGGAAGGGGCAAAUCUGGAUAAAUGGGCAAGGAAUUGGUCGAUAUUGGCCUGGCUACAAGGCCUCUGGAACAUGUGGUCACUGUGAUUACCGAGGUGAAUAUAAUGAGACCAAGUGUCAAACCAACUGCGGCGACCCUUCUCAGAGAUGGUACCAUGUUCCUCGACCAUGGCUUAAUCCUACAGGUAACCUUUUGGUGAUAUUUGAGGAGUGGGGCGGUGAUCCUACUGGAAUCUCAAUGGUGAAAAGAACCACUGGAAGUGUUUGUGCUGAUGUGUCUGAAUGGCAGCCAUCCAUAAAAAAUUGGCGUACAAAAGACUAUGAGAAAGCUGAGGUCCACCUCCAGUGUGAUCAUGGCCGAAAAAUAACUGAAAUAAAAUUCGCCAGCUUUGGCACACCGCAGGGGUCCUGCGGGAACUACUCAGAAGGUGGAUGUCAUGCCCACAGGUCAUAUGACAUAUUUAAGAAGAACUGCAUUAACCAAGAAUGGUGUGGGGUAAGCGUAGUUCCAGAGGCAUUUGGUGGAGAUCCAUGCCCCGGGACAAUGAAAAGGGCGGUUGUGGAGGUUACGUGCAGUUGAAUCGCAAAUGUCGAACCUCACAAAUCAUCUCCAGGUACAUCGACUGUGCCAGUCCACAGAGUCUUCUUCUGGCAAGAGGUGAAAGUCACAGCGAAAGUGACGCAUGGACUGUCAGAAGUUACAGAAAUUGGUUGUAUCAUUAGACUGAAUCAUCAAUAUAUGUAUGUACAUUGUCCACGUAAGAAUUUGCAGCGAAGGGAAGAUUAGGAUUGUAGGCUUGCAAAGGGGUUAUGGCUGAUUGGUAUUGUUCGGAGAGGGCACAUUUGAUGAGACUCUGCUGUACCUGAGUCCAUAUGUGCAAUAGCUUCUGGUUGGAGGAGGCCAAGACCCAAGAAGCAACCCAUUGAUUUGCAUGAGACGAUUCAUUUCUUUGCUCAUUGGAGGGUGCAAGAUGUAAUGUGCAGGGCAGUGGCUAUCAUUUAUUCAUGUAUUGCCUCCUUGAUUAAUGGUAAAACCAGGAUAAUGGUUAAGCUCAUAAAUAAAACUGCUCUGUUCUGUCCUGA